CUAUGAAAUGUAUUUAUUAUUUAUUUAGUCACUGCUACCUAACAUCUUGUGCUGGUAUUCUCCUCUUUAGAUCAGAAGCCUCAACAGCCCAUCUGCAGAUCUGUAGAGGUCACUGAUCUCGAGGAACCUCACACCAGUGUUCUUCAAGUCCCUCCUGCUGCUGAGCCUCUGGUGCAGAAAGACCUCCAAACUCAAGUCCACGAUGCUCCAGUCAGUGUGAGAGCAGGUGAAGUGUCUCCUCUGAUGACAGAGUUGGACAGCAAUGAAGUGGACACGAGACCUGAAGACAACAUUUGCCGCCGAUAUGAAAUUGGCAGCAAGCUGGGUCAAGGUGGAUUUGGCGCCGUCUAUAAUGCGACUCGUUUGGAGGAUAGACUUAAGGUGGCAAUGAAAUUCGUCAAAAAGACAAAACACACGGAAUAUAUCAGCAUUCCUGAUCAUCCCAAGCCCCUUCCCAAAGAAGUCGCCCUGACAAUUCUGGCCAAUAAAGGCCCAGUGAUGGAUAUUAUUAGGCUGCUGGACUGGCAGGACCAGCAGAACUUCUACGUCAUUGUCGUCCAGCGCUUCUCACACUGCAUGGAUGUUUUACGCUUUGUGCAACGCAAUGGAGGCAGCAUCGAUGAGAAGUUAGCGAAGCUCAUCAUGUUUGGGGCAACACUAGCCGCCAGUGCAUGUUGUAGACGUGGAGUUUACCAUGGGGACAUCAAGUUGGAGAACCUGCUGAUAAACUUGGAGAACCUCCAAAUCAAACUAAUUGACUUUGGAUGUGGCAGUGUCCUGACAGAAUCUGCCUACACAAGCUUCAGUGGAACAGUUAUGUACUGUCCUCCCGAGUACAUACUGAAGGGGGAGUUCCAUGGAAAGCCAGCGACGGUCUGGUCUUUAGGGAUCCUCUUGUUCAGAAUGCUGUGUGGACACUUUCCAGAUAGUUAUGACUUCUACAGGACCAACUUGAACACCUGGUCCAAACCUGGCUUGACAGAAGAUAGUUUCAGCAUCUACAGGACCAACAUGAACACCUGGUCCAAACCUGGCUUGACAGAAGCAGAGUUCUUCUCCACAAGUGCAAGACCGAUCACGGUCACUCUGAAAGUGUCAUCUGUGGAGAUGUUUCGUCUUCCAGGAAGAACUGAGUCUUCGUCCAUCCACUUUAACAUCUUGCAGGGCCAGCAAGCUCUGGUAGCAUUUGUGCCUUUGGCUUGA